AUGGGAAUUCGUUUGCCAUCCAUUGUUGCUCAUACGAAGCAAGUCCUUAAAUUGCAGCCUUUUGGAACACGGAAUCAAUCGGAUGUCCCAAAAGGUCACGUGGUGGUUUAUGUUGGCGAGAUCCAAAGGAAGCGGUUUCCAGUUCCUGUUACAUUCUUGAACCACCCAUCGUUCCAAAAGUUGCUACCCCGAGCAGAAGAAGAGUACGGGUUCAAGCAUCCUAUGGGUGGCCUCACAAUUCCAUGCAGAGAAGAAACCUUCAUCGAUCUCACUAGUCAGUUGCGACUUCGUUGCUUCUUCGGUAAUGGGGAUUUCUUUGUCAUCCAUGAUUGCUCAUGCCAGGCAAGUUCUCAAAUUGCAACCUCUCGGCAUAGGGAAAAUCAAUCAGAAGUUCCGAAAUGCGACGUGGCAGUUGACAUUGGCAAGAAGCAAAGAAAGCGUUUUCUGGUUCCAGUCUCGUUCUUGAACCGCCCGUCGUUCCGAGAGUUGCUGCUCCGAGCAGGAGGAGAGUACGGGUUCGAGCAUCCAAUGGGUGGCCUCACGAUUCCGUGCAGAGAAGAGGCCUUCAUCGAUCUCACUACUCAGCUGCAUGGGUUAUGA